AGGGAUGGACCCGUAAUUUUUGGGAAAUGUAGAGAUUCGAUGAAGAGAAAAUGAGGAAAGCAACCAUGCAUGGAGAAAAUGGUAGUUCCAAAGGUACCAACUUUAGAGGAAGGCAACCUUCACGUUAGGCAAAAGUUCUUCAGGAAGGGGCCGGGCUGUAAUCCGUGAUUGAGGAUAAUUUGCACUAGUUCAUCUCAAGACUAAAACCUCGCAAGAAAAUACUGGAGGAGAAAAUGAGUUCGGUCAAAUGGGAUGUGCUUAUAAGUCAGGUUGUUGUCUGCACCAUCCGGUACAAUUGUAAUUUUGUCUGGUAGUUGAUUUGUAAUUUUGCUUGUUUAGCUUCUUAAGUAACCAGUUUUCGUACUUAUAAUAAUUCCUUUCGGCUUUAUGAUUAAGAAGGCAUAUCUUUUGGUUCAUAAAACCUUGGUCAUUUCAUGACAGAAAAGUGCAGGUAAACUUGGAAGCAGUGAAUUUAUCAGUUAAUUCUAUGUACAUUCCUGACUUUGUUUCAAUGUGAUACUUUAACUAUGGUGCUGCAUUGAGUGAGGCAAGUGCACUAAUAACACCUCCCUUGGUAUUUGCUCUUGUAUCAACAUUCUCAAAUUUAACCACUUCACUGCCAGUUUACCUUACUGCACAGUUCAAUUUCACAAAAACCAUGCUAUGACAGGUGGGGUUAAUCUUCUCACCGGAGAAACCUCAGUUUUGCGUGCAGAUAAUAUCUAUGAUUGUGGACAGAGCCUCAACCCUGCAGUGGAUUUGGGACAGAUUGAAGGAGCCUUUGUUCAAGGAAUUGAAUUUUUUAUGUCAGAAGAAUAUCUUACAAAUCCUGAUGGACUAAUGAUUAAUGACCGCACGUGGACUUACAAAGUUUGGACAAUUGACACCAUAUCGAAACAGUUCAACGUCGAAAUUUUGAACUCUGGACAUCAUAAAAAACGUGUUCUCCCUUCAAAAGCUUCUGGAGAAUCACCAUUGCUACUAACUGCAUCAGUUCACUGUGCAACACGGGCAGCAAUGAGGCACGGAAACAGAUACGUAAAUGGCGCUGAUAAGACGAGUCUGAUUACGUGUUUCAGCUAGAGGUUCCUGCUACCUUGCCUGUUGUUAAAGAGGCGUGCGGGCUGAACUGUGUGGAAAGUUACUUGAAAUGGAUCUAUGAAGUAGAAGCACUGUGAGCUGAUCAAAACACAGGUAUGUUAUGCACAUGCUCAUUUUCUAGUUCACAUGCAUCAGAGAAAGAACUAUAGAAGAAAACUACAAAAAUAAAAUCAUCAGCUUACC